AUGGCCAUACUGAAAUCCAGCAAGUUAGGCGAAAUCCACGGGCGAGAAGUGGAUGGGGUGAGUCAAUAUCUCGGCAUUCAAUAUGCAACCCUGAAGAAUCGUCUCGCCGAUGCCGAAUUGAUUGAAGAGCGUACGGGUGUCUUGGAUGCAACCAAUGAUGGGCCUUCAGCUUUAUCUAUACCAGUUGGAUGCGAUGAUGAACUCGGGCACAUUCAGCACACAUUGCCCAAGAAGGAGCUUCGCCAGUCCGACGUCGACUGUCUCAAUCUGAACAUUGCUGUGCCAUCCAAUACGACCCCGGAAUCAAAGCUCCCAGUUCUGUUCUUCAUCCACGGCGGUGGUUUUUUUACUGGAGCAAAUUCGUGGCCUCAAUAUGAUCUUACUCGGCUGGUCAAGCUGUCGAUUGAGAGGAAAUUGCCUAUGGUGGUGGUGACAGUAAAUUAUCGCUUAGGAGCUCCAGGUUUUUUGACAUCUGAAGAGUUGCGUCAGGCGGGCUACCGCUCGAACAAUGGACUUCGCGAUCAACGGGUUGCGCUGGAAUGGGUUCAGAAGCACAUUCGAGAUUUUGGUGGCGACCCAGACAAUGUGACUGCAGCGGGUCAGAGUGCUGGAGGAGUAUCGGUGACCUACCACCUCCACUCGCAAAAACCCCUGUUCAAGAGAGCCAUUUCCAUGGCUGGCACAUCGCUUCUUGUCCAGGCACUACCCAACAUAGUCCACGAAGAGAUCUAUGAGAAAGCAAUCGCUGCGCUGGGACUUUCCAACGCAAAGGGUGAAAGCUCUUCUCGACAUGCCGGGAGAGCAGCUGGUAGCUCAGCUUCCCCGGGUAUUGUCGCACCUGCUCUAGAUGGCGACUUGAUUUUGCCUGGUACCACGUACGCUGAGAUUGGAAAGCCUGGCUCCAGUUUCAUUCCUGGAAAAGAAUGGUGCCAUGAUUUGUUGAUUGGCGAUAAUGAAAUGGACGCAAGUAUUUUCGAAUUCCUUGCGCCACAACUCAAGACGCAGACCACUAAAAAGUUUCUUGCUGCAAUUCACAAGGUUCUUGCGAUACAUCCAGCAGCGGCCCAGCGCAUUUUGGAGACUUAUGAGAUUAAUGAGGACACACCCGAUGCGAAAGCCUUCGCAUCUGCUCUGACCUAUGCUAAUGAUAUAUCUUUCCAUGCACCUGCGUUAUCCUACGCCCUUGGAUGGGCAGGAAAUGCCUAUGUAUACUACUUCAACGAGGGUAAUCCUUGGGAUGGACCUUGGAAAGGGCGCGCCAAUCACAUCCUUGAUGUGGCUUAUCUCUUCCAGAACUUUAAUGACUUUAUGAGUCCCGAGCAAGCCGCGGUCGGCUCUGCAUUUGCAGAGGAUAUUUUCAAGUUCUGUUAUGGCGUGGCGCCAUGGCCAGCCACUUCUAAUCAGAUUGACAGCGCCCCCUCGGCGCGCAUUUACGGUCCUAGUGACCAAGGUACUAUUACUGGUGUAUCCCAGCAAUUGUUUGGAGAUAAUACCCUCCGCAGACGGAUUCUCUUCGAUUGUGCCUCCGAAGUAUCGCUGGAUGAUUUAGCCAAGGUACUUGGAGAGCUGAUGUUUAGCUGA